AUGACUUCGCCGUCUCCAUCGGGCGCUAGCAGUUCUAGCGAUUCCCCUGUCACUGCGGGGACUUCUCAUGGAAAAGAGCUCGCAGUCGACGAAGCAAACGUUGUCAUUGAGACCAAAUUAAAAUUCAACCCAGGAUUGAAUACAUUCUUCAUGGAUGCUUUCAGAGAAGCGGUUAAGCACUAUGCGCAUGCAAACGGAGUUGAGUACAGCGAUGCCGUGGUUCAGGAGAGAACACAUCAGCUCGGUGAUAAACUCGCUAUGGAAUACUUUGUUCAUGGUGUUGACUGUGAACAGCUUGGCAAGUUCCUAUCGGCAGGAAAAUUGAUGACCAACCAUCUCGUUAAAAACGUUAUUUCAAUCUGCAACGGCAGGCCGAUGCUUCUGUAG